AUGGCCCAUCAAGAGAAUGUGGUGCUUUGGCCGACCAUAUGUGAGAAAAGUGCGACCCUGGAUCUUUUCACCCAUCGGCUCUCUGCAGGCCAUAUUACUCUGUUUCUAAGCUAUUCAGUAUGCACUCAGAAAUUUCCAAUCCAAAAAGCGGACAAGAUUUUAUCGGCGGUGCGAUGCAACAGUUCCCGAUGUUCAUUCUCGAAUAUUUGUUAUUUUACACAACUGAUGAUAGAUGACACGUAUUGGGUUCUAGAUAUUUCACGAAAGGCACCAAAAUGCUCCAAUUCGAAAUAUAAUAAAAACCAAAUAUUGGAUGUGUUUCAACUCUGUUUGACUGCUAUCACACAAUUAGCAACUAGAAAUACGUUUCAAACUACGACGCAUGUUGAUAACGCGAUCUUUACUUAG